AUGACGGACGCAAAGAACACGAAGCUGUCCUCGACAACACCAAUAGCAGGCUCAGCCUCAGCCUCAGCCUCAGGCACAGACACAAUCGCAGACGAAACCAUGAGCAUUGCUAUCGCCCGCUUCCGUAGCAGGGUGGCCGCCGCAAACCAAAAGUUUCUCCAGGACCGCGUCAAUGAAAUCGGACGAUGGAUGGGCAAUCUCGAAUGGGACGACGAAGACCCCGAGACGCGCGGGAGGCGCUACGUGAUCCGGAUCCCACAGCAGACUUCAGUCAACGACCUCGAUAUCACUGCUAUCCUAAACCCUCCGCUAUCCAAUGAACCGGUUGACGGUGUGAUCCCGCCCCUGCUACGCACAGAGCAGUGGCGGCAGAUGUACCUCGACACAGUUCAGUAUAUAUGCCAGCGGCAGGCGGACGCGAUCGUCGCUGAAGACGAUUUGGAGCUUGACGUCGCGUGCAAUUAUCACAAAGACCAUAGGCCGAUGAAUAUCCCGCGGUGUGAUGAGCUAGCCCUGUUCCUGAAGUAUGCACAGGGAGUGGUAGACGUCGACUUCCGACUCUCGGGCAUUGCGCCAUUUACACCAGCUUGGGGGACUGGGGUCAAGGACGAGGAAUUAGACGGACUUGACGAUCCGGAGCUACUCAAGCACGAGCAAGAGGGCUUGCAGCGGGAAUUGGAAGAUGAAUCGUCGAAUGGGCCGCUAAAGGCGUAUAUUGACGAGGACCUAGAGGUUAGGGCUGGCUUUAUCACUGGUGUUGGAUUUAACCGGCUAUACGAAUGUCCGGAGUGGUAUAGUGCCCAAGAUGGAGACAUCCAGGAUGCUGCCAAUAUCCGGGACUGGGGGUGGCGGGUGGUUGUUUUCCAGGCUGAGGUUGUCAAUCCUAGCGUCCUGUACGGCCGGACGGCCCGCUUUGAUUCUAUUAUAGAAUUCUUGGAUUGGUACGCUAGCUGGCUGGACCAUCUAGAUGCACGGGGAUUGCUUUCUCUGCGGCGCCACGCUCAUUGCAUGGCCUAUUUGAGCAUCCUCUGCUCGUCCAUCCUUUACCAGUCUAGUGCACCAGCACGACCGUGA